AUGGUAGCCCCCUGGAUGACUAAAACUGCAAUGACGAGGGACCUGACGGGUCCGUGGGUGGACGAACGGAAGCUGCCAGCGAACGAGCCGGAAGGGGUGGCGCGCGCUCUGCUCCUACCCGUUGUCAGGCCUGAUGUCAACGGCAAAUCGCUCUUCGUGGGGGGAAACAAGAUCAUCGAAUUGGAAGACAAGUUGCAUGAAAGCCAGCCCAUCUGGAUGGGCGAGGAGCUCAGCAAGAACGUGGAUGAAGGGCAGGAGAUGCUGAUAUCGGCGACCGGCACGACGUUCACACCGAACUGUUGA